ACAGCUGUCUGUUGUUGUGUUACAGCUGCAUCGGAGUUAGGGGUGAAAGUGCUGUUUCUCACUCCGACUCCAAUCCAGAAACUCCCCGCACCGCUUCAAGACUCCCUCGCUAACUUGAACCCCGAUGGUCUGAAGAAAAUAAAGUUCAUGUACCCCAAGUCUCAGGUGGAGCUGCUGCAGGACGUGGCCUCUUUGCACGAGAGUGCCUGUGGGUCGGCCGCACCCCCCUCCCUGCUCAUCGUGGACGGGCUGGAGCGCUACCUGGGGGCGGGGCCGGGGGCGGGGGCGGGGCCUGGCGGCAGCCCGCAGGGGGACAGCUGGCUGGCCGCCGCCCACAUCUCGGCCCUGCUGGUCGACACGGCGGCCUUCCUCGGCAGGAAGCUGGAGGAGAGGGGCGGGGCCGGCGCCUCCUGCAGGGUCCUGGUCUCUUUCGACACCGAGAGGCAGGGGCACGCGCCCAGCGAGCUGCCGGCCCAGGACCCGGUCCUCUCCGUCCUCGACCGCUACUUCCCGGUGCGGGCCACGCUGGACCGGGACAGGAGUGCCGCCGCCCCCCCCGGCACCGCCGGCGAGCCGGGGGCCGUUUGGCAGGUUUACUUCUCCGGCGUCGGCGUCACUGCCGGCCAUGCCCCUGGGAAGGGGAAAGGCCCGAAUCUCGGGCUGCAGUGGCGCUUGGCAAUCUGCCAAAAUGGCGCCAUGGAGUUCUCGUUGGUCAGCGGCGAAAACCAAGUGAAACAGUGAGCGUCUUCCGUGUGUGCACACUACCAACUGGCCCAGGAGGAGCUGGAGGGGGGCAGGAGGUGAACAAAGCCUCCAUCACCACUGCAUCGGUUUCAACAUUUUGUAUCUAGAAUAUUUGUGUGUGUGUUCUGAAAAAAAAAACAAAAAACCCAUGCAACACCAUAUUAAAAGUAGUUUCGGUUGCUUUCAAUAAACUGGAGAGAGUGUUUAGAACGUAGAUGUCAAAACUUGUAAUUUUCCAUAACGUGGAAUUAACGCAGAGGACUUGUAUACAUUCCCUUUAUGAAAGAACUUUAUGGCGAUUAAAAAUGGUAGCAACUGUUA